AUGGAGCAGAGCGAGGCGGCGGCUGGAACAGUGGCGUCGCCGGUGGUGAGGCAGCUGGAUUUCACUGUCAAUCUCAAGUCCGCGGUAAAUUCUAAUUUGAUACUGCCGGACCACCCACAGGCUCAGUUACAAUCCAAAUUGCUCGCCUUGGCCCAAUCGAGGCAGGUUGCUGCACCCGCCAGGUCCCAAUCUCCUCCGAGAAUGGCGGCUCAGACGAAAUUGCCCCCUCGGAAAAUGGUAAUGCCGCCCAAAUCUCCCCAGCGGGAACUUCCUCAGGUCUCGGGGACAGCCAAGUUACCAUCCGCAGCUCCACGUUUGGCUCACCCGGCAAACAAAACCGCGGUCUCUAAGCCUCCGUUGCAGCCAUUUCUGAAGUUGGAGUCCCCAAAAUCACGAGAAAAGGGUAAUCUUGAACCGAUUGAUGGUACUCCAAAAAAGCAGAAACAAUGCAAUUGUAAGAAUUCUAGAUGCUUGAAGUUGUACUGUGAGUGCUUUGCCUCUGGGGUUUAUUGUGAUGGAUGCAACUGCAUUAAAUGUCACAAUACAAUAGAACAUGAGGCUGAUAGAAAGGCAUCAAUUGAAACUGUCUUGGAGAGGAAUCCUAAUGCAUUCAGACCUAAGAUAGCUAACAGUCCACAUGGAGUUGCUGAUGCAAGUGUAGAGCACAAUAAGGGGUGUCAUUGUAAGAAAUCUGGGUGUCUCAAGAGGUACUGUGAGUGCUUCCAGGCCAAUAUUCUAUGCUCGGAUAAAUGUAAAUGCAUGGACUGCAAAAACUAUGAAGGGAGUGAGGAGAGGAAAGCUCAUUUUCAUCAGUAUCCCACAAAUUCGAUUGCACUAAUGCAACAGGCGGCCAAUGCUGCCAUUAAUGGAGCUAUUGGAACACCAAACAGGAAGAGUAGAACUCAACAAAUUGCUUUUGGGUUGGCCAAUAAUAAAAAAAUGAGUAGCUGGCCUUCACAAUAUCAUCAGGAACUUUGCUCGACAGCUGAUGCCUCUAAAUCCUCAUUAUCUCAUCACCUGUCCAAACCAACAUUUGCUCUUUCUAAACCCUCCUACAGGUCUCCUUUGGAUGGGAUCCUCCAAUUACAGCAUGUGAAGGACUUCUGCACACUGUUGGUCGAACUUUCAGCCGAAGCAGCUCAGAAAUUUUCAAAAGAAAACCAAACCGAUAGCGCCUCAGAUGUGACUGAGCCCGAACCUGCACAAAUAUCUUCAUCCCAUGAUAUCAAAGAUCACCAAAACCAAGAAAAUGGGGAAUCAAAUGGAUUUGAUAUUCACAAGGAAAGACCAUUGUCCCCAGCAACACUUGCUUUAAUGUGUGAUGAACAAGACACGGCAUUUAUGGUGGAAAAUGCUCCAUCUUCAAUUAUUGAGUCCAGUCCAAGCAUGAACAUGAAAUCAGCCUCCACAAAUGGCCUUGACCAGUUGUAUGUUGAACAAGAAAGGCUCGUGCUAUCCAGAUUUCGUGGUUUUCUUAACAGAAUCAUCACCUGUGGCUCAAUUGAAGAAGCUAAAAUAGAUCACGAGACUAUCUGA